GCCCUUAUCUCCAAAGACCAGAGCUUCCACUCAGCCAGGCAGCCUGGAAAUUGGCCCUCACUGUCCCCUCCCCAUGCCCACCUUUACGGGCCAUGAGAGGGAGGGCAGGCCCAGCUGACUGCUCUGCCCUCUGCGCAGGAGGACCAUGCGGCAAUAGCAGCCAUGCUGCCCUUCUUGCUGGCCACACUGGGCACCACGGCCCUCAACAACAGCAACCCCAAGGACUACUGCUACAGUGCCCGCAUCCGCAGCACGGUCCUGCAGGGCCUGCCCUUUGGGGGUGUCCCCACCGUGCUGGCCCUCGACUUCAUGUGCUUCCUUGCACUGCUGUUUUUAUUCUCAAUCCUCCGGAAGGUGGCCUGGGACUAUGGGCGGCUGGCCUUGGUGACAGAUGCAGACAGGCUUCCGCGGCAUGAGAGGGACCGAGUGGAGCAGGAAUAUGUGGCCUCAGCAAUGCACGGGGACAGUCACGACCGGUAUGAGCGUCUCACUUCUGUCUCCAGCUCCGUGGACUUUGAUCAGAGGGACAAUUUUGAGGGUCCUGGGGGUAGCAGCCCCUGCAGCAACCCCUACAGAAGAUGGCUGGAUGAUGAGAUCCGGGACAAGUGUGGGGGCGACGCCGUGCACUACCUGUCCUUCCAGAGACACAUCAUCGGGCUGCUGGUGGUCGUGGGCGUCUUGUCCGUAGGCAUCGUGCUGCCCGUCAACUUCUCAGGGGACCUGCUGGAGAACAAUGCCUACAGCUUUGGGAGAACCACUAUUGCCAACUUGAAAUCAGGGAACAACCUGCUGUGGCUGCACACCUCCUUCGCCUUCCUGUACCUGCUGCUCACCGUCUAUAGCAUGCGUCGACACACCUCCAAGAUGCGCUACAAAGAGGACGAUCUGGUGAAGCGGACGCUCUUCAUCAAUGGAAUCUCCAAAUAUGCCGAGUCAGAAAAGAUCAAGAAGCAUUUUGAGGAGGCCUACCCCAACUGCACGGUCCUCGAAGCCCGCCCAUGCUACAACGUGGCCCGCCUCAUGUUCCUCGAUGCUGAAAGGAAGAAGGCGGAGCGGGGAAAGCUCUACUUCACCAACCUUCAGAGCAAGGAGAAUGUGCCCACCAUGAUCAACCCCAAGCCCUGCGGCCACCUCUGCUGCUGUGUGGUUCGAGGCUGCGAGCAGGUGGAGGCCAUCGAGUACUACACAAAGCUGGAGCAGAAGCUGAAGGAAGACUACAAGCGGGAGAAGGAGAAGGUGAACGAGAAACCUCUUGGCAUGGCCUUCGUCACCUUCCACAACGAGACCAUCACCGCCAUCAUCCUCAAAGACUUCAACGUGUGUAAGUGCCAGGGCUGCGCCUGCCGUGGGGAGCCCCGUGCCUCAUCCUGCAGCGAGUCUCUCCAUAUCUCCAACUGGACCGUGUCCUAUGCCCCUGACCCCCAGAACAUCUACUGGGAGCACCUCUCCAUCCGGGGCUUCAUCUGGUGGCUGCGCUGCCUGGUCAUCAAUGUUGUCCUCUUCAUCCUCCUCUUCUUCCUCACCACCCCGGCCAUCAUCAUCACCACCAUGGACAAGUUCAACGUUACCAAGCCCGUGGAAUACCUCAACAACCCCAUCAUCACCCAGUUCUUCCCCACCCUGUUGCUGUGGUGCUUCUCCGCCCUGCUCCCCACCAUCGUCUACUACUCGGCCUUUUUCGAAGCCCACUGGACACGCUCUGGGGAGAACAGGACCACCAUGCAUAAGUGCUACACCUUCCUCAUCUUCAUGGUGCUGCUCCUGCCCUCACUGGGACUGAGCAGCCUGGAUCUCUUCUUCCGCUGGCUCUUUGAUAAGAAAUUCUUGGCUGAGGCAGCUAUUCGGUUUGAGUGCGUGUUCCUGCCCGACAACGGCGCCUUCUUCGUGAACUACGUCAUUGCCUCAGCCUUUAUCGGCAACGCGAUGGACCUGCUGCGCAUCCCAGGCCUGCUCAUGUACAUGAUCCGGCUCUGCCUGGCGCGCUCGGCCGCCGAGAGGCGCAACGUGAAGCGGCAUCAGGCCUACGAGUUCCAGUUUGGCGCAGCCUACGCCUGGAUGAUGUGCGUCUUCACGGUGGUCAUGACCUACAGUAUCACCUGCCCCAUCAUCGUGCCCUUCGGGCUGAUGUACAUGCUGCUGAAGCACCUGGUAGACAGGUACAAUCUCUACUAUGCCUACCUGCCGGCCAAGCUGGACAAGAAGAUCCACUCGGGGGCUGUGAACCAGGUGGUGGCCGCACCCAUCCUCUGCCUCUUCUGGCUGCUCUUCUUCUCCACCAUGCGCACGGGGUUUCUCGCCCCCACGUCCAUGUUCACGUUCGUGGUCCUGGUCAUCACCAUCGUCAUCUGUCUCUGCCACGUCUGCUUCGGACACUUCAAAUACCUCAGUGCCCACAACUACAAGAUUGAGCACACGGAGACAGAUACUGUGGACCCCAGAAGCAAUGGGCGGCCCCCCACUGCUGCUGCUGUCCCCAAAUCUGCGAGAUACAUCGCUCAGGUGCUGCAGGACUCAGAGGUGGACGGGGAUGGGGAUGGGGCUCCUGGGAGCUCAGGGGACAAGCCCCCAUCGUCCUCGUCCCAAGAUGAGGAGUUGCUGAUGCCGCCCGAUGGCCUCACGGACACAGACUUCCAGUCUUGCGAGGACAGCCUCAUAGAGAAUGAGAUUCACCAGUAAGGGGAGGGGGGCCCUGGAGGCCACGCCCUGCCCUACCCCACCCCCACCCCCACGGACACUAAAAUGCUAAUAAUUUAUUAGAUCUAAAGCCCCUUCCUCUCCCGUCCCCUGCUUUCAUUAAGGUAUUUAAACCUGGGGAUUUCGCCACCCUCCCCCAUGAUGGAGGGAGGGAGCCCCCCAGCCUCAGUGAGGAGCGCCCCGAGCCGGCCCCGGGGCAAAGUGGGGUGUGGAGGAAGUUCCCCCAGAUCAAUACCCCCCCCAGCUAGUAGUGUGGCCAGGAAAGGGUUAAUGAGAGCCAAGAGGGGUACCUGAUGCCAUGGUUGGAGACCGGGGGGGCAGGCGGAUCAGGGGCUGGCCCCCCCAGUUCUUUCCUCCCUCCAGUUCCCCCUGGGAUCUGGCUCUCCAGGGAAGUGGAACCUCCAGCCCCUCUGGGAUGCAUGAGAGGGGAGGGGAUGCUGAGUGGGAGAAGGAAUCAGGCCCCAAACGGGGGGGUGACCUGGGGGUGGGGGUGGGCAAGGCUGACACUGGAAAAAUGGGGUUUUGCACUGGUUUUUUUUUUUUUCCUUUAAAAUAAAAACGAAGAGAAAAGGUCUGAA